UAGGCGACAAGCGGAUGUGGAUUGGCCAACAUGGAGGACCUGUGCAAGCCGCCACCGUCGGCCAUUUCCAUCGAGGAGCCGUUUCCGAAUGGAGGCAAGGGAGCAGGAGGAGGAUUGCUCUCGAAGAUUGAGCUGCCCGAGGAGGAGCUGCUGGGCUCGGUGACCACGCACAAUUGUCCAGGGACGCGGGCCAGUGCCCGGGUCAUCCAGAAGAUGAAGCAGGACCAGACGCGACCGAUGACACCGCCGCCCAGCGAAAGGGAGCUGAGCAAGAAGGACGAGAAGGCCGCCCAGAAGACGCCCAGCCAGCUGAAGACGGGCAGCGGGAAGACCACCUGGACGAAUGUCGAGCGCAACUGCUUCUUCGAUGCCCUGAAUGAGUUUGGCAAGGACUUCGAGGCGGUGGCCAACUGCAUCAAUGCCAAGCUGAAGCGUCGCAACGCCAGCAGCGACUACAGCUUCAAGACCAAGGAUCAGGUGCGCCAGCACUACUACCAGACCUACCACAAGAUCUGCAAGUAUGUGCGCUACUCGGAAGAGCUCAAGAAGCCCGCCCAGGAGUUGUACACGCUGAUUAACUACGGCGAGAUGCGUCGCAAGCUGCAGUUCCUCACGGAGAAGCACUUCAUGAAGCUGAAGCAGCUGGUCUACCAGGGACAGAUCACCGUGCGCUGCAAGGGCAAGAACAUCCGCAUCAAGACGCCGUCGUGCAAGGCGCUCCGGCGACUCAAUCAACUGGAUGAUUCCCUUGAGGACAUCCGUCUGCCCAGCAAGGUGGAGGUGCUGGUGACGCCCGCCAAUAUGGAGGCCUUCGGUCGGGUGCAGUCUUUGGCACAGAAUCCACGCGGCAGGAUCAUCGUUCCGCUGCACAAGAAGCUGAUUAGUUUGAUCAAGACAUUCGAGUACAAAUGGCGCAGUGCCAAUCAGCGUUUGCACGAGGAGAAGAGCGUCUUCUUUCCGGCGACUUCUUCCGCAAACAACAACAAUGAACCUGAGCCGGCAGCUUCAUCGCUCGAUCCCUCGCUGUGCUUCCAGCCGCGGCCGGGAGUGGCCAUCCACCGACCCCUGCUCAGCAUCACCGCCUACCUGAGCAGCAUCAACAUCUGUUUGACCGCCUACGAGGAGCGCUUGGGCUUCAAGGUGCGCAGCGAGUCGCUGGGCAGCCUGCCCGGCAUCACGGUGGCGGCCAGCAAGCGACCCCGCACCGAGAGCGGCUCCGAGAAGCGUUCGCCGGAGACGAAGAAGCCCAAAUCGGGUGCCAGUCCGCCGCUGGAGAAGAGCCUGGAUGAGGUGGGCAUGGAGGGGAAUCUGGUGAAGCUGGAGAAUAGCAGCGGCGAUGAGCUGGGCGAGGAGAUUCAGGAGUUUCUCGGUGACGUAGAGCAGGGAGCUCCAAUUCAGCCCACCUCUGAGAUAUCCCUUGUUGUCCCGGAAACUUCCAAUGAUCCUCUGGCUCCUCCAGCGGCCACUGAGCCACCAGCUACUCCUGCUCCUUCCACUUCCGUAGCCUCGCAGCCGGCAGCUCGCUCCAAGCGCAAGGAAGCCAAAGAGGCGGCCGCCGCGGCGCAGGCUCGAAACUUUAAGCCCCUGCUCAGCGACGAGAUCCUCAAGCGAAUCCGCAAGGGCUGGACGGAGGCGAAUGCGGCGGACAUAACCAUUGGCGAUCUGUAUGUGGUCUUUGGCCAGGACUCCAAGCUGGAGCUCGAGUAUUAUUGGUGUGAGCUGGAGAGUUCGACGGCCAUUUUGGCCAGCUCCUCGUCGGUGGCCACCCAAACGGGAACCUCCUCCUCCGCCGUCAGCCAAAUAACCGCAUCUUCCUCCUCCUCCUCCUCGGUAAACACGGCUAGCUCCUCGCUGCCGUACAAUCCCAACGACUGUGAUAGCGUGGAACGCGUCAAGGCCGUCACCACAUCGUCGGUGAGCAACAGGCUGAAGCACCUGCUGCUGGUGGCCAAUCUCAGCGAGCGCGUGCGCAAGCGGCAGUGCAACUGCGGCCACACAUGCGACCGCAAGCGGGAUCUGAUGAGCAAGGCGCAGCAGCUGGCGGAGGCGGCGGCAGCCGGCGGCGUGGGCAUGGCGGAGGGCAGCUUCCGCACGCCGAUGCUGCCGGUGAGGCGGCCGAUAGCCAACAUCAUCGAUCCCGUGCGGCAGCUUUCGGCGCUCACGCGACAGAAGAUCAGUCGCCAGGUGCUCGUGCAGCGCCGUCUCCUGCCCCCCGCCUCCAUGGGCGUGCGUCCGUACGAUCUGUUGAGUGUGCGCCAACUGCACAGCGGCCUCUUCGAGCCGAUCGAUCGCCUGGGCGGCACCAGUUCCUCGGGGAUCAGCUCUGCGGGUUCCGAUUCCAGCCUGAGUGCGGCGUUGCCGGCGCAGCAGCAGCAGCAGCAAGCGGAUCAGCAGUUCCUCGGCGAUGGCGGCGAUCAGGGCGGCGCACGCGACAUGCCCAAUCUGGACUUUUGUGUGGCCACCACCGGCAGCAGCGGCGUCAGCAGUUCCCUGGCCGAGGCGGUCCAGGAUGAGAGCACAACACAAAACUUCUUCCAUGGCAGCGUUAGCCCGAUGCACUUGCUCAGGGACUCGACUUCCAAUGCUCGCUGGCUGGAGGAGAAUAUCAAUGAUUUCUCGCUGACCUCGCUGCUGGGGCAUCUGGAUGAGAUUGAUGCCACCAGGGAUAUACUGGAUCCCUCGUCGAGCAUGUCGGUGAUCAGCGAGAGCAGCGUGGACUUUCGGCACAAGUUCCAGGAGAUCGCCGCCCUGCUGCAGCAGCAGGAGAAGGAUUAGCAGUGGCAACUGCGGGCCACCGGUCGUGUCUCCUUCGUUUAUUUACACAGAUCCGGACCCUGAG